AUCGAUGACUUUAUAGCCCCGCGUUGUAACACAAGCCACAAACCAGAAGUGGCCGCUUGUGAGGACUCGGUUAAGGUGUAUAAAACGGAGGGAACGCCUCUCAACUUCAGUCUCGCCUCAUCGCUGUCCGAUUUUCGCGACACUGGACUCACUUUUGCCGAAGAGAAAAAGGAUUUGUGCGCUUCAUUAGCCGCCAAUAGCACCACAUUUGAUGCAAUCGCACACCAGUGCAACAGUAGUGACAGUAAAACUACUGACAAACCCAGAGUCAUGUUUAAAAAGCCAACUCUUCCGCCGAAACCCAAAUUUACGAUUUCGCCAAAGAAACCAACAAUUGAUGAAACUGUCGAAGAGUGUGACCAAAGCAACCAAAUAGAUAUUUCUGCGAAGAGUAUACUCAUGUAUUCCCGGAGCAGUUCUAUCAACUCUUUGAGUGACUGUGAAAUCAAGUCAGACGUGUGUCAGAGCUCUGUUAUCAGUGAAUUCAGUGGUCGAGCAUCGGAAGUGGUCACUCCAAGUGAUUUGCCCGACAGUCCAUUAGACAGUCCGCGACCAUUGAGUCCCAAACCGACUCCAAGAUUACACGAUCGGCAAACUGGCAAACGAGAGACAGACAGACAGACCACUGCUGUUAGUGUUGCCAACUCCGAAAACUGCGUGUUCUUUGAGGACCGACACAUUACUUACGCCACUGAAGGCACUGAAGGCACUCCCGCUAUCUUCUCGUUGUGCACGAGUUUGAGUUCGUUAACGGAAGACAUCGAUGCUAUCAAUCUGAACGACAAUAAUGGCCACAAAAGUGAUGCAUUGACUCAAAUUGUUGAAGUGAAUGAUAUGAAUGAUAUGGACUCUCAAAUUGUUUACACUUCCAGUGAAGACGAGGGAGAAGACCAAUUAUUGGCCGCAUGUAUUUCAUCGGGAAUGAAGAGUAUAUCUAAUGAGAAAACAAUUUCUUGUAAUUCUAUUCAGAGAAUUAAACCCAAAGAAGUUGUAGUUAACUCGAGUUCAAUCAAAUCGAUGCCUAUUCCUAAGCAACGUUCGACGGCUUCAAGUGAAUCAAUGACGCGGUCGGCGCCCGACGGCAGACCAUCGUAUAUGAACGCAAUGAAAGUGUCCCCCAUUUCGCCAGUACUGCCAAUACUGACAACACAUGCUUAUAAUGAUAGGACACCAUUCAAGUCGAAUGGCAAAUCUCGUAAUACAUGUGUGAAUCCGAUCCAUAAUAUAUCGGAUGAGAGCGACGACGAAGAGAUACUUCAAAAGUGUAUUGAGUCGGGAAUGACUGCAAAUCGUAAACUAAUUAACACGAGUAACAAAUGUGACAAAAAUGGUAAUAAAAGAUCUCCAAAAACGCCAAAAUGGAGGCCAUUUAGUCAGAUGGAAGACAAUCUACAUUCAGAGCCACAAAACACGACCACAAUUCAAACCACGACAAAAACAGCCAAGAGUUGCGACAACUCUCGGCGUAAGUGUCUCGUCACCUCUGUUUGA